AUGGCGCAGAACUCGACAGUCAACGAGCUCAGCCUUUCGGAUUCGGAUCUCAAAUUAUUGCCGUGGCAUGGCAUUACGAAUGUUCAAUACACCUUCCUCUCCGUGAUCCUCGCAGCGUUGACGCCGUGCUUUCAGCAUGGCUCAACAUUUCGACGGGGGGCCCUCCUACUUCAAAUAACAUGCGUGGUUCAAGCAUUUUUUGCACCUCCACCUCCCCAGGAGACAAGUACAGCGGUGCUGUACACAAGCGGUGUACUCAUGGGCGUGAUCGCAGCACGCUCGUUUGACCGUCUCUACAUACACGUCCCCGAGGAAACGUUCCAUCGAAUAAAUAAAACGGGCGAAAAGGAAGACGCCAAAACCCUCUCGUCCUGGCAGAAGUUUCUCUGGGGGCUGGAACUGAUGUUGACUACUCGUGGUAUUGGUUGGGACUGGAAGGUUUCGGGGAUUCCCAAGCACCCCCCGCAGAGUCGCCGCGAGUUUCUGAAAACACGCCUGCUAAAAUGGACUCUUUUGUAUAUAGGGCUUACUUUGACAACCAUCAUUUCGCAAACUAUUUUGGAAGAAUUUUCUGGAGUUUCCAACGAUAAUCUGAGGGAAUUCUUGGUCGCUGCGACUAGCAACAAUAUUUCACUCUAUGCAAUUAUCGCGCUGGGUUGGACUAUGACUGUAUACAGUCAUUUUGGAAUUCUCAUGCUCCCCCUGGGAUUCUUAUGUGUUGGUUUUAACAUUGGCCCAAAAACGUGGCAAGAGGUCGAGGCAUGGCCACCAAAUUUUGAGGUCCUGAAUUUGGCUUAUAGCAUUCGACGGCUCUGGGGUAACGUUUGGCACCAACAGCUCCGUCGUGUGGCUGCAGCCCCAGGCGCAUUUGUCCUCGCAUAUCUUCCCCUCUCCAUCCGGAAAUCGAACUCCCUGCCGGGGCGUCUUUUCCGCCGGUAUUUCCUGGUCUUCGGAUCCUUCUUCAUCUCGGGAGUUAUCCACUCCUGUGGCACGUAUAACGUCACAAGAGCCCUAAACCUCCCUAUCUCCACUGGUGGAGAUCUCUAUUUCUAUUUGUUGCAAUGUGCGGGUAUCCUGGGUGAGGAUUUAAUUUGUCAUCUUCUUGGAGUGGAUGAUCGGUUAAAUCAACCCUCCACACUGCGCAGGACAUUGGGGUAUACUGCUACCGCGGCAUUUUAUGUUUGGAGUCGAGUUGCAUACAAGGGAAUACCUAUUUCAAUGGCUCAAGGGUAUAAGGAUGAUCGUGGUUUGCUUUUCGCGGCGCUGAAACAUAUGGCCGAUGGAGCGUAUGCGGUGCCAGGGAAUUGGUUCAGAUUCGGAUAUGAGUUUUUCGAGUCAAGCAGUAGGUAA